CUGAGAGGUGAUAGUCGCUUGCUCCCGCCCCCGCUUCACCGUCCGGUCGAACGAAGAAACGGCGAGAAUGGCAUUUGUGCGUGAAAUUGUAUCAGUUUUUAUGUGAACAAGUGGAUAUUUCUCACAGGAGCAGCUUCACCUUCCGACCUUUAGUUCAGUGGUGUAAUUAUCCCUUUGGAGUGUUGUAUUAUGUGCAGUUUUAGAGAGUUUUGUGUCAAAGAAUUUUAGUGUGACUGGUUCGGGGUGGUAUCCCGUGGAUUUUGUUUCAUUGUGCUUAGCAAUAAUGGUCCGCCUUCCCGCUAACAUCGUUGGAAUUUAAAACAUUCGUGCCCAACCGGCAUGGAUGAGGGUUUACUCAACGACCUUCUCGAGUGCUCCGUUUGUUUGGAGCGACUCGACACUUCUUCCCGUGUCCUACCAUGCCAGCAUACCUUCUGUCUCAAGUGUUUGAAGGUGAUUAUAGAAUCCCACAAGGAGUUGCGAUGUCCAGAAUGCAGGGUGUUAGUCGAAGCGAAGGUGGAGGAGUUGCCUCCGAACGUGCUCCUCAUGAGGAUCCUCGAAGGUAUGAAGAACUCCGCUCCGAGGAAGUCGGCGACUGGACAAAGGACAUCAAGGAGCGGUCAUUCCCAGGGGUCACAAGGUGUUCAGGGCGGCGGUAAGCAGUUGCCGCCGCACGCAAGGGCAAUAUACGACUACUUAUCCAAGGAACCAGGGGAUCUCUCGUUCAAGAAAGGGGAAACCAUACUCCUUCAGAAGAAAUUGGACCAGUUCUGGUAUCAAGGAGAAUGUUCUGGAAGAACUGGCAUGUUUCCCGCGGCAUAUGUUCAGGUCGUGGUACCUCUACCUGUAGCCACUGCGCUAUGCAAGGCGUUGUACGACUUCCGAAUGUCUGCACCAGACGAGGAAGGCUGCCUGGCUUUCGAUAAAGGGGCGAUUAUAACGGUGCACCGUCGUGUGGAUGAUAACUGGGCGGAAGGGAGGCUGGAUCAACGUGUUGGCAUCUUUCCUAUCGCCUUUGUAGAACUCAACCAGGCAGCCAGACAGCUUAUGAACAGUGUCCCCUUAAACCGUCACGUGCCACCCAUACCGGAACAGACGCGAGCUUCGCACUCUGAACACAGACACCAUGCACAACAGCAGCAUUCGCACCGUUACCAACAGAUGUCGCUGUCGACGCCGGGCGCGGUGCAGGGCACGUACCAGAACCUGCCCGCCAUGAGCCAGUCGCAGCCCAAUUACGCGGCCGCGCAGACUCUAAUGCCGCAGCAUUCGCAAAUCUUACUGCCGCAGCCACUCAACCAACACGUCACAGCCAUCUCACACGGCGGACUCGUUACCACCACCGCUCUACCCAGAAACAUCAUGGAACCCACCCAAACCAAACACUCUCUAGAUCUCAUACAGUUUACCAACAUGCAUAACAAGUCCCAUCAAGGAACUAUGGGCAUACAGAGUGUCUCCCGAAUCGGCGAAAACUACGACAGACUACGAACAGUAAAAUACGAUAGCUAUAAUUCGACGCCGGUGCAUAAAGUUGAUAAUACCUACCAGAAUGUAAGGACGCACGAACAUUUUCCUGUAUCUGUAGCCAAUUUCAACACUAGCAAUGUUAGUUCCGAUUCAAGUUCGAGUAUGAACACGCCAUCGUUCGGAGUAAGUUCUACGACCACUCCGAACACAAGCUCGGAUACAAGUACUUGUGAGAGCGCUGAACCGAGCCUUCCUAGUUCUCCCGACAAUAACACCGAACGAAAUGCGACCGUCAUCGCUGGCAAUACGGCUCAAAUUCAAAAUCAAAACCAGAACCAGCCAGAGGAGGAAACUAACAAUGACGAAUCCCUUAAUACAUCUAUGGGAGUGCUGAGUUUGAAUGAAAGUUCUACAGCCACAAACACGUCCUUGAAUGUCAGCUUGCCACCGUCAGAGAGUCCAAAAUUGAAUGCGUCUGCUACGAGUAAUGCCUCUCAAACGCAAGAAGAUAAUCACGAAGGUGCGAUCAAUAAUGACUCUUCUAGACUUGACGUGCCUUCGUCUAGUAAAAACGCAUUGCGGUCUAGUGGACCUGAUUCUUUAUUGAAUUUUGGAUUGGGACUGCAAGCGGCGCUGUCGCCCUCUCACGGGAAAGAUGGGAAUUAUAUGGUGAGCAGAGCGCAUAGAGAUCAUCACCAUAGAGAAAGAGAGAAAAGACAUAGCUUGACGCCUUCUACACACUUACAAGGGAAUCAUAAUACUCAAAACAGACACUCGGCGGAGAUCCUAGCGACGAGCCUGCUAGACGCCGGACCCGAGAGUCGGGCGGAACGUUUGGAGCGACGCCGGCGUCGGUCGCGCAGUAACGAGCGUCCGCUACCCGCCGCCUACGUCGCCAUAUACCCGUACAAACCACAGAAACCCGACGAACUCGAGCUUAAGAAAGGAGGUAUCUACACGGUGACGGAGCGAUGCCGCGACGGCUGGUACAAAGGUUGCUCAGAACGAUCGCAGCGCUGCGGUGUCUUCCCGGGGAACUACGUCGCGCCCGCCUCCAACCUGCGUCCUAAACAUGAUAAGUCGCAGAGCGCGCCCCCGACGGGGUCGGUGGGCCCUGUAUCGGCGAGUGCCCCCAGUGGGUCGGCCCCCACCCAGCCCGCCGCCCCCGACGCACCGCCCCGCGCUAGAGACCCCGCUCUACUCAUGGCCCAACCAUUGACGUAUCCAUGGUGUUCACCCGCCCAAUCACAGCAAAGCACGCCGAGAACUGAAAAGCCGAAAGAAAAAUCGAAAGCCGAGAAGUCUUCAAUAUCAACGGGUGUUAGUUUGAUGAAGCGUUUGGCUGCUAUGAAGAAAUGCAAGUCGCCGCCUCCCGCUGGAUACAGCAUGGAUAAUCCAGUGUUCGAAGACGGUCCCGGCACGUCAUUGAUGCUAAACACCAACUCACAACAUCAUCCUGUACAUGUGAGAACCGGCACAGAAAACCCGUGGCAGUCACAGCACAGGAAAUCGCAAUCACUAGACGUGACUGCUUCUAGACGGGACCGACACCACUCACAACCGAAUAAAGAAAGAUUUCGCUGCAUAGUCCCGUAUCCGCCUAACUCGGAGUACGAGUUGGAACUUAAAGUGGAUGAUAUAGUGAUUGUGUCGAAAAAGAGAGGGGACGGCUGGUAUAAAGGUACGCUACAGCGGACCGGUCGUACUGGCCUUUUCCCCGCGUCAUUCGUUCAGAGCUGCCCGCCUGAAUGACAAAGGCCUACACCUUCAAGGUUUGGGACUCUAUUCUAGUACAUAAUUGUGACGGGAACAUUUUAAUGUGCGGCCCAAUGUCCAUAGCUUUUUUUAUAAGAAAACUAAAACGUAGUUUCACAUUAUACCCAUCAGUGAUUUUAUUUCGUUAGCAGUAAGGUCUAUUGUUGAAGAAACUGUGUAUCGAAUUAAUUUGAUUAACUUAUUUCUGAAUUAAUCAGCCAAAAUGUCUUCAAACUUUGG